UUCGAUACGGUGAAAAGAAGAGAAGCUUGACUGAUAAAAUCGUUUUUAUUUAGUUUUGCACUGUUAUUUCACACUUUUCGGUGGUUCCAUCUACAAAUGAUGUAUAAAAGUGUACUGUAGUUUACCUCACCAUGUGUGACAGCGACGAUCCCAAUGACCAGGACCGCGGUGGCGUCGAUUUGACCGGGUUUCUGUUUGGCAACAUAGACGAGUCUGGUCAGCUGGAAGACGAUGGAUUGCUUGAUGGAGACUCUAAGCGGAUGCUGUCCUCACUCAGUCGGCUGGGGCUGGGCUCUAUGCUGUCUGAAGUGCUGGAAAAUGAAGAGAAAGUGAAAGAGGAAGAGGAAAAAGAUUACACAAUUAAAAGUCCGUCAGCUGUAGACUUUUUUGAUAUUGAUGAUGUUGCCGAGGAUGCUCAAGAAGAUAGUACUAAUCGGGAGGCACCGGACACAGAGACACACAAAGAUGGGGCUGAUAUGGAUGUAGACACGGCUGUUAAAAGUGAUUGUCCGCAGGAAGGGAAUGAUAAUGCAGAUGGGGAGAUUUUUCAGCAGGAGGAGCAGAGGGCGGGUGAUGAUGGAUAUGAGGGGGACAUGGAGGGAGAUGGGGGGCUUAUGCCUCCGCCUUCGACUAUCCCCGACAGAACAUUAAAGACCCAAACAUCAGAGAGCAAGAAACUUGAGACACCACUGGCCGCGAUGUUGCCUUCCAAAUAUGCCAACACUGAUGUCACUGAACUCUUCCCCGACUUUAGACCUGACAAAGUGCUUCUAUUCUCUCGACUCUUCGGCCCAGGCAAACUGUCAAGCCUCCCUCAAAUAUGGCGCUACGUUAAGAAACGAAGGCGGCGCAGACGCAGUGGCAGCACUAGUAGUGACACACCCGCUCAACCUCCUGAGAACUAUGAACCUCAGUACGCUAGCGACGAUGAAGACAAGUUACUAAGACCAAUGGAAGAGAACCAGCAUACAAAUAACGAUAGCAACAACACUCAGUCUGGCGAUAAAUCUCAACGGCCCACGCCAGCUCAUUGGCGUUUCGGUCCAGCUCAAGUUUGGUACGACAUGCUGAACGUACCAGAGACUGGAGAAGGGUUCGACUAUGGGUUUAAAGUAAAGGCGCAAUCACCAGAACGCGAGACAGAACCAAAAGAAAAGCUUGAAGAAGAGAUCAAAACUGAACAAGAAGCCACCGACAGUCCCGACAGUGGGUUCCCUGAGGAUUCCUUCCUUAUGGUGUCACAGUUGCAAUGGGAGGAUGACGUUAUAUGGGAUGGCAGUGAGAUUAAACAUAAGGUACUCGCACGCCUGAACAGCAAGAGCAACGCAGCAGGCUGGGUGCCGACAUCUGUAAGCAGAACAGCCAACAGUUCUCGCACCCGAGACCGCAGCCGCACCUCUCCCGACCAAGCCUACGACGUAUGUUUUACUUGUUCACGUCAUCUUUUCAAGAAAAUUAUAGAUGUUAGUUGCACGAAACCGUCUAUCACCUUUAAAACGUCAUCAACCUCUACUGCGAACCCACAAACUUCUACUUCAGCUGAGGGUGAAGACAACACUUGGUAUAGUAUAUUCCCCGUCGAGAACGAAGAACUAGUCUACGGUACCUGGGAAGACGAAGUUAUCUGGGACGCGGACAAUAUGUCCAAGAUACCGAAGCCGAAAAUACUUACGCUGGACCCGAACGAUGAAAACAUCAUACUUGGCAUACCUGAUGAUGUGGACCCGUCCAAGAUUACUAGAGAACGCGGCCCUCAACCCAAGGUGAAGAUCCCGCACCCCCACGUGAAGAAAUCAAAGAUCUUGCUCGGCAAAGCUGGUGUCAUCAACGUAUUGCAAGAAGACGCUCCACCACCGCCGCCAAAGUCUCCAGAUAGGGAUCCAUUCAACAUCUCCAAUGAUGUCUUCUACCAGCCUAAAUCCCAAAACCCUCGUCUCAAAGUCGGCGGCGGCCAACUGAUCCAACACAGUACUCCCGUGGUCGAACUACGAGCGCCCUUCAUACAAACCCACAUGGGCCCGGCGCGGCUGCGCGCGUUCCACCGGCCGGCGCUGCGCAAGCUGUCGUACGGGCAGCUGGCCACCCCGGGCCCGCACCCCGUGCAGCCACUCAUCAAGCAUAUCAGGAAGAAGGCCAAGCAACGCGAAGCCGAACGCUUAGCCUCUGGAGGUGGAGACGUAUUCUUCAUGAGAACCCAGGACCUGAGUGGUCGCGAUGGAGAAAUAGUUCUGGUCGAGUUUUGCGAAGAACAUCCGCCGCUGAUAUCUCAAGUCGGGAUGUGCACUAAGGUCAAGAACUAUUACAAACGAAGCGCUACCAAGGACAGCGGGCCAAAGCCUCUAAAAUAUGGUGAAGUGGCUUACGCUCACACAUCGCCCUUCCUCGGUAUUCUACCUCCGGGCGCGACGCAACCAGUGGUCGAAAACAAUAUGUACAGGGCGCCUAUAUACGAACAUAAUAUACCGCAUUCGGACUUCCUCGUCAUACGAACUAGACAAGCCUACUACAUCCGUGAAAUCGACGCGUUAUACGUCGCAGGGCAAGAAUGUCCACUGUACGAGGUACCUGGACCUAACUCGAAGCGGGCCAACAACUUCGUCAGAGAUUUCCUACAGGUGUACAUCUAUCGCCUGUUCUGGAAGUCCCGUGACAACCCGCGGCGUAUCAAAAUGGACGACAUCAAGAGAGCCUUCCCAUCCCAUUCCGAAAGCUCGAUCAGGAAACGGUUGAAGCUCUGCGCCGAUUUCAAACGAACUGGGCUGGAUUCUAAUUGGUGGGUAAUAAAACCCGAGUUCCGCCUGCCUUCCGAAGAGGAGAUCCGCGCAAUGGUGUCCCCCGAGCAAUGCUGCGCUUACUUCAGUAUGGCGUCGGCCGAGCAACGACUAAAGGACGCUGGCUACGGAGAGAAGUUCAUCUUCACCCCGCAAGAGGACGAUGAUGAGGAACUGCAGUUGAAAAUGGACGACGAGGUGAAAGUAGCCCCAUGGAACACAACCCGCGCCUACAUCCAAGCCAUGCGUGGGAAGUGCCUCCUCCAACUCACCGGGCCAGCUGACCCCACCGGCUGUGGCGAAGGGUUCUCAUAUGUCCGCGUACCCAAUAAGCCAACACAGCAGCCUACGGAUGAAGCUCAGCCGAAGAGAACUGUUACUGGAACUGAUGCUGAUUUGAGAAGACUUAGUUUGAACAAUGCCAAAGCGUUGUUGAGGAAAUUUGGCGUGCCUGAAGAAGAGAUUAAGAAGCUGUCUCGAUGGGAAGUCAUAGACGUCGUGCGAACGCUAUCGACCGAGAAGGCAAAAGCGGGCGAGGAAGGCAUGACAAAGUUCUCCAGAGGAAAUCGCUUCUCUAUCGCUGAGCAUCAAGAAAGAUACAAGGAAGAAUGCCAGCGUAUAUUCGAGCUGCAAAACCGAGUACUGGCGAGUGCAGAAGUGCUAAGUACAGACGAGGCCGAAAGUUCUGUCAGCGAAGAGUCAGAUAUGGAAGAGAUGGGCAAGAAUCUCGAGAACAUGCUCGCUAAUAAGAAAACUACGGAACAGUUAUCUAUGGAAAGGGAGGAAGCUGAAAGGGCAGAACUGAGGAAGAUGAUUCUUGGCCAAGACAAGAAACCACAGAUCAACCAACAAGAUCAGCAACAGUCUUCCAGCCAAGGUCGAGUCCUCCGCAUAGUGCGCACCUUCCGCAACGCGUCAGGCCAACGCUACACCCGCGUCGAAUUCGUCCGAAAAGCCGCCGUCAUUGAAGCCUAUACUAAGAUCCGCUCGACCAAGGACGACGCUUUCAUAAGACAGUUCGCUACUAUGGACGAAACUCAGAAGGAAGAGAUGAAGAGAGAAAAGAGAAGAAUUCAGGAACAACUGAGACGUAUCAAACGAAAUCAGGAGAGAGAAAGACUGGCUGGCAACGUCACGACGCCUAGCGUGUUCAAUAAUGACAGCAUGAGCAUGUCAUCAUCAAACGACUUGGGAUCAGCGUCGCCAGGACUCAUACCAUUAGGGCAGAUCAAACAAGAACCGGACUUGCAUCCGUCCCGUCGGCGCGCUAAGCUGAAACCGGACUUGAAACUAAAGUGCGGUGCAUGCGGGCAAGUAGGGCACAUGCGCACAAACAAGGCGUGCCCCCUGUACACGGGGUCGAUGGGGGGCGCGCCCUCGUCGCCCCCGGAGACGGACGCGGAGCCCGCGCCGGAGCCCGACGAGGAGGACACCGGCUACGUGGACGGCGUCAAGCUCACGCUGCCCACUAAGCUCAUGAAGGCGUGCCCCCUGUACACGGGGUCGAUGGGGGGCGCGCCCUCGUCGCCCCCGGAGACGGACGCGGAGCCCGCGCCGGAGCCCGACGAGGAGGACACCGGCUACGUGGACGGCGUCAAGCUCACGCUGCCCACUAAGCUCAUGAAGGAUAUCAGAGACACGUAUAGACAAGUAAGGCACGUGCGUACACAAGGCGUGCCCCCUGUACACGGGGUCGAUGGGGGGCGCGCCCUCUCGCCCCCGGAGACGGACGCGGAGCCCGCGCCGGAGCCCGACGAGGAGGACACCGGCUACGUGGACGGCGUCAAGCUCACGCUGCCCACUAAGCUCAUGAAGCAAUCCGCCGACGAGCUCAAACGCCGUGGCAGCGGCCGGCGCAGCGAGAACCGCCCGGGUGGCCGCAAGCAACGCCGCGGCACGCUCAGCGAGUCUUGCGACUACUUCGUCAAGCGACCGGCCGAACGAAGAAGAACUGAUCCUUUGGUCACUCUCUCGUCGCUUUUGGAAGAUGUGCUGACUCAUAUGAGACACCUACCUGAUGUUCAGCCGUUCUUACUGCCUGUCAAUCCUAAGUUGGUAGCAGACUACUAUCACAUCGUCUCUCGCCCGAUGGACUUACAAACUAUCCGGGACAACCUUCGCCAGAAGCACUAUCACAGCCGGGAGGACUUCCUUGCGGACGUCAACCAGAUUGUCGAGAACUCGACACUAUACAACGGAGCGACAAGCAGCCUGACCGUGGCCGCACAACGUAUGCUGCAGAGGUGCGUCGAGAAACUGGCCGAGAAAGAAGAACAACUGAUGAAAUUGGAGAAGCAAAUCAAUCCGCUGCUAGACGAUAAUGAUCAGGUGGCAUUGUCGUUCAUACUCGACAACUUGCUGACUACCAAGCUGAAGGUUAUGCCCGAAGCCUGGCCGUUCCUCAAACCUGUCAACAAGAAACAAGUGAAGGACUACUACAACGUCAUCAAGAAGCCAAUUGAUAUGGAAACUAUGGCGAAGAAAAUACAAGCUCACAAAUACCAUAGCCGGGCGGAGUUUCUUCGCGACAUCCAACUUAUUGUGGACAAUUGUAAGGCGUACAACGGACUCAAUUCGCAGUUCACAAGGCAGGCUGAGGCCAUUCUCAAGGUCACACAAGAGGCGUUAGAACAGUUCGGCGAAAACGUGAGCCAACUGGAAGCGAACAUAGCUCGCGUGCAGCAAAAGAUGUUAGAAGAAGCGGAACAAUCCGAUGAGCCUGAGGAACCUCCUCCACCCAGCGACGAGAAACGCGGCAGAGGACGCCCGAGAAAAUACAAACCCCCCAGCACUUCCGUUGACGGAGCAACUCCGAGGAAGCGGGGUCGACCAAGGAAGGAUCAAAAUAGUUUGGAAGAAGUGUCUCUUGACGCAGAUCUUCAAUACUCGGACAGCGGAAGCUCGGGGCUCGAAGAGGUGGAAACGAACGAUGACACUAUGGUUCAGCUUUCUGUGCGCCCAGAGGAUGAUUCGACAGUAGAGCCGUUCGACACAUCAGAGUUCCUGAUAAAACGUGAACCCGUAGAACCGCAGCAAGACUUCGUGGAUCUCGACCAGCAUUCGUCGCAGUACACCUUCCCUACUGUCGUCAAGGAGGAGCCAAUAGAGCCCGAUAUGCACAUGGAACCUCCCAUGAUGGAGGGUUCUUCCAUAGAACCACCGCAGUUCAAAGAAGAACCGCCUGAGAACUGGCAGCCGGAUCCCGCAAUACAAGACGAUCUCCAAGUUGACCGACAGCGAAGAAGAGGCAGAAGACGGGUUAUGGUUUUAAAUAUAACUUCAUUUACUCGAUCAAAAUAACACUAUCGACGUACCUCAAGAUGACUUUGUACAUAACUCGUUAUUGACCUAUGAAUUAUAUUACGGUGAUAAGAAUACACGAAUUAACGUUUGAUAUAAUAUGAUCUAAGAUUUUAUUGUUACUUUGUCACACGCGAAGAUUAGAUGCACAAUAAAGAAUAUUUGGAAUGAAA